CCCCCGUCUCAGUUCUAGGGUUUGAAGACACUCCUCUCCAAAAGCCUCUCCUUUUUACUCCCGACACUGCUUCAUAUAAACCCUAAUGGCUUCCUCCCCUCCCUCCUCGCCUCCCCACCCUUCGAAGAAGCCCAAGAUGUCGUCCUCCGCCACCACGUCUGACGCCGACGAGGACCCUUCCUCCGCCCCCUUCGCCGCCGGCGAGCCCAGGCGGCGGUACAAACGGCGCAAGGUGGCCAUUUUCCUCGGCUACUGCGGCGCAGGGUACCAGGGCAUGCAGAAGAACCCGGGGGCCCGUACCAUCGAGGGCGACCUCGAGGAGGCCCUCUUUCUCGCCGGCGCCGUUCCGGAGACGGACCGCGGCCUCCCCCGCCGUUAUGAUUGGGCCCGCUCCGCACGCACCGACAAGGGCGUCAGCGCCGCCGCCCAGGUCGUGUCCGGCCGCUUCUAUGUAGACCCGCCUGGCCUCGUCGCUCGCCUCAACGCCCAUCUCUCCGACCAGAUCAGGGUCUUCGGAUUCAAACGGGUCACCAACUCCUUCAACGCCAAGAAAUUCUGCGAUCGCCGCCGGUACGUGUAUCUCAUCCCGGUGUUCGCCCUUGACCCUAGCGCGCAUCCGGACCGGGAGGCCGUGAUGGCGAGCAUGGGGUCCGACAACGAACUCGCACGCUGCUUAGAAUGCUCAGAAAGGGGGCGUAAGAUCCCUGGUCUCAUGGGCCGCUGGGCUGGGAGUUCCAUUGCCCAGAAAAGAGUUGAUCUUGCAGCUGAUGCAUCGGCUGAUCAGACUGUUGGUGUCGCCUGUUUCAGUCUGGAAGAAAGUGAUAAAUCUGAGGCGAAUAAGCUAGAAAAUUUUGACCUUGGCAGUGGUGGAGUUGAUGAUGAGCAGCAUGAUUUCUCCAUUAUGAUUGCAGAGACUAACUCGGCUAACAUGGGUAGAAAUGAAGUGGAGGCCGGCAAACUUGUAUCUGCUGCAACAGAUGCUGCUGCUCCUGGUAACAUGAAUCCUGAUGCUACAGUAGAUCCAGUGGCUUCCUAUGUGGAAGAAUAUGGUAAGCUCAGUAAUGAGGCUAUCACAAUGAAAGAGAAUUCUACUGCAACAGAUGCUGUUGCUCCUGGUAACAUGAAUCCUGAUGCUACAGUAGAUCCAGUGGCUUCCUAUGUGGAAGAAUAUGGUAAGCUCAGUAAUGAGGCUAUCACAAUGAAAGAGAAUUCUACUAUGGAGCCGAGUGCUUCUUUAGAAAACCAGAGAUUGGAACCUAUAGUUGCUGAUAGAACUAAUGGAGAGCAAGUGACUGUCAAAAGCAAGUUUUGUUAUGAGGAUGAGCAGAGGGAGAGAUUUAAUAGCGUACUGAAGCAUUAUGUGGGAACUCACAACUUCCAUAACUUCACAACCAGAACUAAGGCUGAAGAUCCCUCUGCUCGUAGAUAUAUUAUAUCCUUUGACGCAAAUCGUGUUGUCUGUAUCGAGGGGAUUGAAUUUGUCAAGUGUGAGGUUGUAGGACAGAGCUUUAUGCUCCAUCAGAUCAGGAAGAUGAUCGGCCUUGCAGUUGCAGUGAUGAGGAACUGUGCACCUGAGUCACUUAUGGAUAUAGCCUUGAAAAAGGAUGUCAAUAUCAAUGUUCCUACGGCCCCUGAAGUUGGGCUUUACCUGGAUGAAUGCCUAUUUACAUCAUAUAACCAGAAAUGGAAGGAUUCGCAUGAGGUAUUGACCAUGGAAGCUUAUGCUGAGGAAGCUGAGGAAUUUAAGAUGAAAUAUAUAUACCCUCAUAUUGCCUCUAUGGAGCACAAGGAAGGAGCGGUUGCACUGUGGCUUCACUCUUUGAACCAACGUAAUUACCCAGAUUUCUGUUUUAUGGAGACAAGUCAUGAAUGUGCCAGUGCCACCAGUAAGGAUCAAGCAGGAAAAGGAACCAGUAAGUGGCAAAUGGAGGUCAGGAUGAAUACCGUGCCAGCAAGAGAAUAAGCUACCACAAGGGGAGGUGAUGCAAGAUAAUUUGCUCUGGUUAAGGGAUGUACACGACCCUCAAAGUUCCUAUUUCCAGACAAUACAGCAGCAGCGACUAUGUCUGGAAGUAGAACACCAACUUCAGACUUCAUUUCUAAUAUCAAAAAAACAUAUGCUCAAACUAAAUAAAUAAAUGAACAUUACCGUUCUCAGA